AUGGCCCGUACUACCCGUUCUAGAGCAGUUCGAGAAGUUGCAUUACUUGCAGCUGAACUGAGGGGAACCACAUACCAAACGCAAGAUACAGCUGCUGAUGGCCCGUCAUCUCAGCACUCCAGAAGGGUCACACGAUCAAGAACCGCACCACGACAGCAGCAACCUGAUACAACUUCCCAGACGGACUCUCCUAGCGAACCACAAAAGAAACUGAAACAGUCCAGGAAGAGGAAAGCUGCUCCGAUACCCAGUGAUAUCAAUGAACUCCCUCACAAUCUCGGUUCGGUGCCUACACCUCCCAAGAUCGAUGGUCAAGUCAACACCAAGCCCAAGACGGAAAUCAAAAUAGAGGCUGUAGAUCCUCUUGCAGGUGACGUGCAGAACACAGUCGACAAAGCCAAAGAGACCCUUGCAGAGCCUCCAGCAGAAAAGAAGAAGCGAGCAAAAAAGGCUGCCUAUGGACUGACGCCUGGAAUUACUCCCUUCCCCGACUGGAGCCGUCCAACCCCAGAGGAAUGUGAAGAGGUCAACCGACUUUUAUCCAGCAUCCAUGGGGAGAUCACUCCGCCUGAAAUUAUCCCUGAGCCGUCGCUGACUGUUACUGGUUGUGGCGAGGUGCCAUCUGUGCUUGAUGCCCUUAUCCGCACUUUGCUUAGCGGAGCCACGACUGGAAAGAACUCUGCUACGGCAUUUAGCGGUCUCGUUCAGAAAUUCGGUGUUCUUAAAGAUGGAAUCGGCAAGGGGAGCGUGAACUGGGAUGCCGUUCGUCGCGCCUCGGUGAAAGAUGUGUAUGACGCAAUUAAGGCGGGUGGGUUGGCUGAUAUCAAGAGCAAGAAUCUGAAGGCAAUACUGGAUAUGGUCUGCAAGGAGAAUCAAGAACGACGGGAUAUUUUUGUCAAAGGCGAAGACGGCGAUGAGUCGCUCAAACCGCUCAUCGACAAGCCCGAGGGUGAAAAGAAGUACGAGAUCGCGUGUGCGGACCAGAACAUCCUCUCCCUCAACCAUCUACACAGCUUCAAAACCCAAGAAGUCAUGGAAGAACUGGUGAAGUAUCCUGGAAUCGGACCAAAGACUGCGGCUUGCGUCUCAUUGUUUUGUCUAAAGAGGCCAUGUUUCGCUGUUGACACCCAUAUCUUUCGCCUGUCCAAGUGGCUCAACUGGGUACCUCCGGACAAGGCGACGGAAAUCACGACUUUCAGUCAUCUGGAGGUACGCAUCCCAGACCAUCUCAAGUAUUCGCUUCAUCAGCUUUUUAUCCGCCAUGGGAAGUCCUGUCCCCGGUGUCGAGCUAUCACGGGACAAUCUUCCGCCGGUUGGGACGAAGGGUGUGUGAUAGAUCAUCUUGUGACAAGAACAGGUAAAAGAAAGGGGCCGCCUGUUAAGGUGGACAAAGAGAGUAAGAAGUCUAAAAGCAGUCAGAAGUCGAAAUGA